AUGUCGGACCUUGAUCACUUUGACCUCGUCCCCAUCACGCUCAACAGCGACACCAAAGAGGUCACCACGGGCCGGAGCUCACGCGCCCUGCGGGCCGAGCUCGAGCAGCUCAACGAGCUGCACCGGUCGAUGCUCGCCCUCGAGACCCCCGGCGGCGUACCCCCGCCGCCCGUGCCCGUGAACCCGAAGCGCACCGCACAAGUGACGAAGCUGCGGGACAACGGCAACAACGAGUAUCGCCGGCAAAAGUACGACGAGGCGAUCCGGCUGUACACGCUGGGCCUGCAGAUGGCGCUGGCGCGGCCGCUGUGGGAGCCGAGCGCGCUGGUGCGCGAGGAGGCGGCGGCGAUGCUGGCGAACCGCGCGCAGGCGCACAUGGCGCUGCAGGGGUGGCCGGAGGGCGCGGUGGACGCACUGGCGAGCGUGGAGGCGCGCAGGGUGGGCAACGCCAAGGCGUGGUGGCGGAGGGGAAGGUGCCUGUACGAGAUGGCGAGGCUGGAGGAGGCGCGCGAGUGGGUGAAGGAGGGCCUGGAGGUGGAGGGCGAGGAGGCGGACCUGGUGAGCCUGCUCAAGGAGAUUGAGGAGAGGAUCAGCAAGCAAAGGGCGGAGCAGUAG